AUGGGUACCAAACAAACGAAGCUGAAGGCAGAAACGGUAGAAGAGUUGACUCGAUUAACUUCGUUUAAUGAACAAGAGAUUCAACAGUGGUAUCGCGGAUUUUUAAAGGAUUGUCCAAGUGGUCAGCUCACAGUGGAAGAUUUUCAGCGAUUCUACUGUGCAUUAUAUAGUGUUUCAUCAUUUAAUUCUGUGGGGGACACAUACGGUGAUCCCCGACCAUUUGCUCGUCUCGUCUUUCGUGCCUUCGACCAAAAUGGCGAUGGAAUCGUUGAAUUCCGUGACAUUAUCACUACUCUCAACGUAACUCGAAUGGGGAAUGAUGUGGAACAACGACUCCAAUGGGCCUUUCAAGUUUACGACCUAGAUGGUGAUGGAUAUAUUAGUCGGUCGGAGAUGCUUCAAGUUGUUAAGGCAAUUUACAAAAUGAUUGGACCGUCCGUAGUAGCCCGCGAAAUGCCCGUGGAAGAGUCUACUCCUGAGCUGCGAACUAAGCGUCUCUUCGCAGCAAUGGAUCGAGACGGUGAUGAGCGGAUUUCCUACGCCGAUUUCGUUGAAGGUAUACGCGCAGAUGCUGAAAUCCUAUUUCUUUUACGCAACCCUAUUCCUUGUUCCAACAACCGUCAAUCGCUUUCCGAAACCCCUGCUCCACGUACUCUUACCCCUCCUCAGUCAAUACAAUCAGAGCCCAGUCAGAAUGGUCAUUGUUAA